AUGGUCGCCAAAUUUCCUGCAGUUUGGGGCCUCGAGUCGACCAUAAGGGCGCUUGCCUGGAAGACCUGCCGGAACCCUCGAAGCGUCCAGUUUCGCGAGAAUGCAACGAGUUCAAAUUCGAGCAAUUCCUUACCGAAGAGACGCCGCUGGCUACAAAUCACCAUUUUGACCGUAGCCGCGGGUGGAAUCGGUGCAUACCUUCAAUAUCGCGAGAAAAACCCUAGUUCAACGUUAAAUCCCUUCACGUUCACAAAGUACCAACUUAUCUCCAAAGCACCCAUCUCCUCCACGUGCAGCGUCUUCACCCUGCGGCCGGUCAAACAAGCGCAAAACUAUGAAGUUUACUUGGAGGCGUGGAGAAAGGGGCUAUGGAGCGUCCAAUUCAAGCAGCCACACCUGCAGGUCGGACGAGAUUAUACGCCACUCCCACCGAUUGGGGAAGAUGAGCUGCCGAUCGACGAGGCUGUCAGGAACGGUGAUAAUUUGCAGUUUUUGAUUCGGAGGGAGCCUGAAGGGGAAGUUUCAGGCUACUUGCAUUCCCUGAAACCGGGAGCGAUACUAGAGUUCCGCGGCCCGCAGAUGGAGUUUGAACUGCCUGAUGAUAUCCGCGAGGUCCUAUUUAUAGCGGGCGGGACCGGCAUUGCACCAGCAUUGCAGGCCGCGCAUACUAUUUUUGGGGAGAGACAGCUGAAAGACGUGAGAAUGCGUAUACUUUGGGCGAACAGACGGAGGGACGAUUGUCUGGGAGGACGAAAUGAUUUUCCAGCGGCAGCCCCUACUAGCUGGUGGUCAAGGGUCUUUUCAGGCGCAACAUCCAGGAGAGACGACCCGGAGCUGGCUAAUGAGCCUAAAGGCUUUACUGUCUCACAGCUAGAAGAGCUUAAGCUUCAAUCUCGCGGCCGGUUGUCUGUUGACUACUUCGUGGACGAAGAGAACACCCUCAUUGGGAAAGAAACUAUAUUACACUUCACCGGUCAGAUGGAUAAAUACGAGACAGACAAUCGACGGAAAACAAAAUUGAUCCUAAUAUCAGGACCAGAUGGAUUCAUUAGUUAUCUAGCAGGCCCGAAAUUGUGGAGAAACGGAGUCGAAAUUCAGGGUCCUCUCCAGGGUCUUCUUGAACAACUUAACUUGAAGGGUUGGACUGUCUGGAAACUAUAA